CUCGAACUUGCUAUUUUGUUUUCAAGCACAACAGUAGGGAUACGUCCACUUUAGCUCGGAUUUUAAAGAAUCUAUUCAAUUAAAAGACUUCAAACUACAAAGGAAGACACAAUGAGGCUUUGCCUACAGUUUGGUGUCAAUCGGACGAGAUUUUAAGCCCGAGAAAGCAGCGAUCGUAGCCGAAAUGCCUGGUAUUGACGCGAAUUUUUGUAACCCCGUCAAAGAGAAUCUUCUCUGCGGGUUAUGUGGGUUACCUUUGCGAAAACCCGUCCAGAUUUCGUCCUGUGGCCACCGAUUUUGUGAAUCAUGUUUAAACGAUCAUUUUGAACCCUUCAGGUAAGCUUAUAUAGCAAAACUUUUGCGAUCAACAGUGAAAAUACUACAGAAUAUUUGGGCAUUACAAGUGACCUAACCACUUGUGUUCUAAAUCGCUGAUAUUGUUGUUUUAAGCGGCGAUCAAAUGCAUGAAUGCUUGCCCUUUUGGAUAAACCGGAAUCUUACGAUUGUUUUGACGUUUUGCUAUUUAAACAUAAAAUAUUUUUGUGCAAACCGAGUACUAGAAUCGUGAGCUUUUGUAGCGAAAUUAUAACCAAUUUUGCUGAUGUCAUUCAUGCGACUGUGGCUUCGCCGUCCAUGACCAUAAAUGUUUUCGUACAAUAAACGUGGCACCAAAUUACUUUUUUUCCCCGGUUUUCUGCCUAGUAACUUCUUUUUACAAAUAUAAUGCCAAAAGCGAACACUUUUUUCGGUUUUGCCUUUUUUUAAAAUGGUUAAAUGAUUAAGGAUAACAGAUAAAAUAGUGGGGAUAAAUUUUAUUGCCGUGAAAAUUUAUGCGAAUGAAUGAAGUGGCUACGUCGUUCAAUUUGUUGUUACAUAAUUCGAGGGUAAAUAACACAAAUAUUAAACGGUUGUACAUUAAUACACACUAUAAAACCCUUCCUAUCGAAAGAUAUAAUUGUUUAAUCAAUUAUAUCAUCGUUUUAAUACAAAGCUUAUUUGAGAGAAUUAUUACCCAACCGACAUUAACUUUUACUUUCUUUUAUGUUUUAUGGAAAUAUACCGAGUUUGUUGUUAAUGAUACCUAGGUAUUUUGAAUUAGGCGUUGACAGAAAGUAUACAUAACCACCCACAUAGGAGAAGUGAAACCAAUUGUGUGUUUGUUUUUAUAAAGGAGUGCCAAACGGCAUGGCUAGACGAAUAUUUUAUUGUACUUUGCCCUAUAUUGCAGGCCUGUUGGAUGGCUUAUGCUCGUCCGAAGCCCACACUGGAAAGUAGGCCACUUUAGCCCUAGAUCUCCUGCGACAGGCUAGCUAUUUUGUAAUACUAAUUACUAAUAAACUUCGGUUAUUGCGGUAGUUCUCCUGCGGCAGCUUGUUGGUGAUUUUAAAAUGUUGCCUCUCUAAUAUGGACACUUAUUAUGCUCUAUCCCUUCAGGCUCUGCACUAAGGCCCAUUUGCACGAUACAACUUGUUGUGUGCGAUUCUUAUCCUGGCACAUGUACUCGAAUACAUGCAUGUAAAGAUGUCAUAUUUCAAAUUUCACCAUAAACUGAUGAACGGGAAUAGUGGCGUCAGUAGCCUGCGUGGCAGGCUCUCUGCAGGCUAUGGCGUCAGCAGUCUGUUUAUGCGCCAGGAUGACAAUCGUAUAUGACUGGUUACGUACCAUUUUACUAUCAAAGUAUCUUUGUUCAAAGUUUGCUUUGAACAAAGUCUGUGGCAGUGUAGACUAAAUUGUUUGCAUGAAAUUUUGACGGUGCUACUAUGAUCACAGAAAAUUUUAUUAACAGGGCAACAAGAGUGCAUUUUGUAAACAGAUGUUGAGAGCCCACGGGGGAAUCUCCCACUUAUCCCAGUAGACGAUGCCUUCGCAUUUAGCCAGUGUAAAAUAGAAGGUGGCAGAUAGCUCUUUAACCCUUUAAGUGGCAAUGCGCCCUACUUUAUUAUUUUACUCUGUCUAACAGCAGACGAUUUUCCUUGUCAGGGGGAGAGUGCUGCCACUCAAUAGGUUAAUGGGUCAUAUGUGAACAGAAAACGUAUAGGCUGAUAAUUUGGUCAACCCAUUAUUUUGCAAGAAUCUUCCCUUGACAAGUAAAGGAUUCUUAUCCUGGCUUAUCUACUCAAACAAAUAUGUGUAAAGAUGUCACAUUUCAAAUUUUCAUCUUCAACUGAUGAACAAGAAUAGUGGUGUCAGCAAUCGUUUUCAUAUAAAGCCAGAAUGACAAUUGUAUAAGACUAGUCAUAUGUGUGUAUGGGCCUUAAAGUUGUUCAGUAUUUGACAGAAUAAAUAACAAACUGUGGCAAAUUAGCAUGCAAAAUGUCGAUAAAAGACCAUGGGCAGGGCUGCAAAUUACUGUCGGACAUCAGACAAUGUCCAACUAAAUCUGGCAAAUGUCCGAGCAAAAGUAAUUUUGAUCGGACAUUGGUCCGAUCACAAAAAAUAAUUGUCACAUUAUACAUUUUUUGGCUGUGACAAAAUCUGAUUGCAAAUUCACUCAAUUUGCAUUUUGCAAUAAAAUUUACGAGGCGUUCUAGCAUUUAAUUUUACUUAACGUUGCACCGAAAUGGCAUACAUACUCGUGACUUACAUAUAUCUUCAGUGUGACGUAUAUAUAUGGCCGACCAAAUUUAGUGAUGUUGGUUUUUGUCCGACCAAAUUCAAGUUAUGUGAUCGGACAAAUGUCCUGUCAAGUCAAAUAUUUAUUUGCAGCCCUGAUGGGUUAUGCAAUAAAAUUAAUAGUCAGUUUUCUUCUAAGUCGAAAUCUUUAUAACAACAAAGACAUCUCUUCUACCCUUUGUUCAACAAAAUAUCUCUCCUACAGUUGUUUAAGAGCUUUCUUUUGAUAAGUAAAAUCAUCUGGUGUUAGACAAAGUAAAGCACAUAAGGGCACUUUGGGGCUUAAAUGGGUCAGACAAUAAAAAACACUAUUCUCUAAGACAUGCAGGUGUACAGUAAGUAUUAGCCCCUUAGCCAUUACUUCCAUUAGCAGAUUAUAAUGGCUACCUCGCCUAUGCACAUGUUAACCCAUUAAUGUGGAAGGGUAUGCUAAGCAUUUAAGUUUGCCUGACACCACGCCAUUAUUGUAUUUACCCAGGUGACGAGCCUUGAAAUUGAGGUUAAAACAUUUCACACUGAAUCAAGUUUUAAUCAAUUUCUUGUGUCAAUUAGUCUUGAGAAUUAAUGCCAUCAGCAUUACUGCCAUCAGCAUUACUGCCAUCAGCAUGUAAGUUGGCUGCAGUAGUGUCUUUCAAAUUCUAGAGGAAAUGCAUUUACUGGUAUUGGCAUUAAUUUCUGUGUGCAUACAGCUGCAUAAUUACAUUCACAAUCUAAACUCACUAUCAGUUCCAAAACACAUAUAAUGUAUAUUUUGGGGUUUAGCUGCAUGGAUAGUUUUCUUUAGUGAUUUGGCUAAUUUAUUGAGAAAACUGUUAGCCAAAUUUAAAUUUUUGUAGCCAAACACACACAUAUUAAAAUCUUUCCAAACAUAUUCUGGAGUGCUCGGAAAGAUGGGAAAAUGAACUCUUUGGUGAAAUGAUAAUGAAAAUAUUUCACCGAAUGUAAUUUUUAUUUGCAUUUGGCGAUUUGGUGAAUGACAGCUUAAACCCUGUAUUUAAUAUAUUGUGUUAUAAAAAUAUCUAAUUAUAUGGCUAAUUACAUAAUAAAUGUUUGGCAAAGAAACAAAUGUUGUUAGAUUUCCACAAAAAAAACGAAUCAAUUUUAUUUAUUGUCAUGCAAACCAAAAAAAUGUUAACGUUUUUUCAACUGGUAUACCAGGUUUCCAAGUUUUAGGCUUUUAGUAUCCCCCCCACGAAUGCACCUUCGCCCAGCGGCUACGCUCGUGUUCCAAGAUCUGCCAUGUAAAGUGUAGUGAAAUGUAUCUCAUCGUAAUAUUAAAUCCUAAGAAAACUAAAGCCUCUGCGGAGGAGAGAGCAGUAUGCCUGUUUUGAAUAUGUACAGUCAACAACUAGGCAGUGAACAAGGUGGGCCAUCAUGAAUUAACACGCUAAGAGAUGCACACAAACCAUUAGGAAAACAUUUUAUGUAGUUUAGUUUGGGAGAAGAACAAAUUUAUAACAGCAUGAGCAUGACCCUAGCUUUCUUCGCCCAAAAAGCAACACACUACUACUCUUGAUCUGGGCUUUCAGCCAGGAUCCUGAAAGAGGGCAUCCGAUUUUGUUAUAAUGACACAUUUACAGUAGGGGGAACAUGUUCCUCUGGAAAACCUGGGCCUGAGACUCUUAAACAGUAUUAGAGGUGACUGAACCCCUGGAUUAGAGGUGACUGAACCCCUCUUGAUCUGGGCUUUCAGCCAGGAUCCUGAAAAGGGUGUCCGAUUUUGUUAUAAUGACAUAUUUACAGUAGGGGGAACGUUCUUCUGGAAAACCUGGGCCUGAGCCUCUUAAACAGUAUUAGAGGUGACUGAACCCCUGGAUAUUUUCAUUCAGCCAUGUACUGUAUACCACUACACCAUCAAAUUGAUCAAAAUGUGCAUUGUAUACUAAUAAGUAAUAUUUCGUUUCAGAUAUAUUAAAUAUUUAGGGAAAUCAUUGAGAAUAAUUUCCCCUUUCCCUCCAGAAUUUUGGCCAUCCAAAGGCAUCCAUUUCUCGUUAUAGGGCAUUCCAGGAUGCCUGGGAGCCCUUCUGGCUAAAAACCUGUCUUAAUCAAUGUUUUGUUUUGGGAUAAAAAGCUGUGAGAUUGACUAGUAUCCAGUCAGUAUACUACAAAAUUCCAAAUAUUAGGAUAAUAUGAAAUGUCUCGGUGUUGUGGUCUCCUGUUAGCUUUUGAGUAUAGUAGUGAGUAUUCUACCUUGAAAGUUGAAAAUAACUAGCCUUUUUAGGUGAUAUUUCAGCAGCUCAGUCUACUCUUACUCUUAGAUAGACGUUUUCUUGUGUUAAAGCACUCACCAUGCAUUGCAAACUCGGCUCAGUCGGCUGGUUUGUUUAAUGCAUAAUACAAGCUGCCACAAGUCAUUAUAUAAGAAUCCUGUCAAACUGCCAAAUUGCUUUGCCAAGUACGGUAAAAUAUUUACAUAAAGCGGACUAAAGUCACAAGCCAGCAUAUGAUGCUGUAGGCCAAAUUUGUUAGAGUAAGUAACAAAAUGGCAUGGAAAUUGAAUACUGAAACUUGGAAAAGUAUUUUUAUUGCUAGCUUUUAACCAUUAUAGUUAUAUCUUGAAGUAGUUGAGUCAGGAACAAACAAUAUAAUUCGUGUUUGAAUAGACUCAUUCAAGAAUUUCCUUAUGUUUAAUGUACUUUUGUUCGCGUUUGUCAUUUGUCCAAGCUAAAAAUGUGCCAAAAUCAAUAUCAACGAUGCCGCCAAUGACUGUCAUUGCCAAUGUUAGAAAACAAAAAAUGGUACUCUUAUGAGUUAUGGAGCGUAAAGCCAUAAACAUACACUCAUGAUCUUGUUUUUUAUUAUUUUACUCUUUCUAACACCAGACAAUUUUACUUGUCAAGGGGAAAGUCUUGUACAUUAGUCAUUACAUUACUGGGUUAAGAGUGUUUGUCAAAUUUUCUUAAUUCGACUUAUUAAAGUAGGUCAAAGUAGGUCGAAUUGAUAUGACAAGGUUGAAAGGCAAGACUAAGAAAUACUGAUAUCAAUAUUAUCGGUAUUUAUUUAGUCAGUAUCGGCUUUAGAAAACUGUAUUCUUUCCGUAUCAUCGCAACAGCCUAUAAAACUCUAACUCUAAGAAUACGUUAGCAUAUUUUAAGCCUAAGACUUAAGUUCUCCAGAAAAAUAAUUAAAUAAUAUCUAUGAAGGUUAAGCAUGAAAUUUCGUGUUCUUAUAAAACAGAAUGUAGCCUAUAGCCUUUGUUGGAUGCAGGCGCUUAUUUUGCCAGUGUAAACAGUAUUCUUUGUUUGCAAAGACACAAUUUUGGGAUUUCAGUUGAAGGGCAGUUAUGACAAAAAACGGCUAUUGUUAUGUAUUGAUCGAGUUUAGAGACAGUUUUAAGACUCAAAAGAUGAAUCACCGUUCAGUUUUUCUUGCUACUAACCAUUCUGAUAGGAGAAAAAUCGUCCACAAUUGUUUGAUUGCCGUCAUUUGGAAGAAAAGUCACGUGAUUGUAAACAAAGAAUAUUUUCAUUAAAGGCAUCUCCAUUAGUGCUGUGUUUAAAGAAUGUGACAAAAUCCUAUGGCUAUCACCGAGUCAAUAUUAGCUUUGUAUACUAACAUUAAUAUGUGCUAUAUAAACUAAGUCCACCUUUGUAGUAAAGCGAAGUGUCAAGUUUCAAAACCAAAAGGCAAAGUAAACUACAAAGUGUCAAAAAUACAACUUUGAAGGCCAUUGUUACGUGAGGAAUUUUUUUUUAUGUUAUUGCAGAAAAGUAUUGCAGAAAAAUUUGAGUAUGGCCCGCAUUCAACUUUGCCGACACUUCUUUACAUAACAUACUCUUAAUGGAUGAAAAAUGAAAAAAAAAAUGGGAUGAAAAAUGUCAGCCAAAUAAACCGUGGGCCAUGCUCAGAAUUUUCCUGCAAAUAUGUUUUGGACAACAUCGUGGCUCUGUAUCCGAAAUUGCGUUGAAAGUUGCCGAAAAAAUUGCCGCGAUAUGGUUUUGAGUAACACUGGCAAAAUAUGGGUUAUCCUUUCUAGACCAUGCACUAUGCCUAUGGAGAGUUCGGGACUGAUGAAGGGAUUGAAGCCAUAGGCAGUCCAACAGUACGUGUAGAAUGCACCAAAUGUUAAUUUCUAAAUAGGCUCUCUCCUCGCGCACCGCCAAGCACUCGAUUAAAAAGCAUUGUAUAGCAUUGUGUACUAAAUACCUAGUAUGAUAAAGCUGUCUGAAUAAAACUAUCAAUUUAAUUUGGUUAUAGUUGGAAAAUAUGGUCAAUAUUCAAUAAGUAACAGUGACAAACUGACAGGAAUAUUGGGGUUAUACAUAUUACUGACAUUGGCGACAAGUGCGAAGUUAUUUCACUGACCUCAGAAUGACAUUUCGUCAAAACUUUUUUCUUCAAGAUUGUUUUAGAAACAAACUUGGAGUAGGGUUAGAUUAGGGUAAGGGUUAGGGUUAGAGUUGGUGUUUGGAGUAGGGUUAGUGUUAGUAAAAUCGUUGUUUUGUUAUGUUUUGUCACUCUGAGGCUAGCGAAAUAACCUCUUCCUGGCGACAAUACUGGCGAUCUCAGCCAUUUUUUGGGCUUAAUUAUAUUUAAAUAGAAGCCUGGCAUCAAGUCAUUAGUCGUUGUAAAAUCGUCACUUUCUCAUCGAAACUGUCGUUGUGUUGUGUUGUGUCGUUGUGUUGUGUUGUGUUGUGUUGUGUUGUGUUGUGUUGUGUUGUGUUGUGUUGUGUUGUGUUGUGUUGUGUUUUGGUCCAUCAUUGUAUUUAUUUCUUAUGCACAUCAGGAAAGCUAAAGCCUCAGGGUGCGUGUAUAUGAUCCAGUAAAUAUUGAACUAAAUAAUUUUAUGUUUAAGAGGAGAAUCUUUUGUAUGUUACGUGUAACACGUCCUCAAAACUAAUGAAUAUAGUUUUCCACUUGGGUAUGACUUUUCAUACGUUUCUCAAGCGGCAAACAAACUUAAAGAGUAUGUUUAGUGCUUUAUCUGUAAAAUUAUGCUAAAAUGAAGAGAUUUUAGAUCGCAUACCAAAGAGAAAAUGAUCUGUCUGAAGUUCAGCAAGUUUUGCUUAUAUUGGCUAUUGCUGUAUAAACAUGGGGUCAAUUUUACAGUAUUAAUGAUAGUUACCUCUUAAUCCUUCACCUCACACAGUAAGCGAGAAUCUGCCAUUUGCAAUAGAAUGAAAAUCAGUGUAAAUGAAAAUACCUUUAUAAUUAUCUGGCGCAAUGCAUAAAUCGUGUAGUUCAUUGCGUAAGUAAUUGAGCUCGUGACUUUACUAACACAAAGCGGUAAUUUAAAAGCACUCGGGAUAUUCACUUAUUAACCUUCAUUUUCCUCUUUUGCCUUUGUUUAAAACAAAAUAACACUUAACAUUUCUUGAAUCGAAUGCAUCGGAAAUUGCAAAAGAUUAAACGUCCUUACGUAAAUGUAUUUCCUUAAAUUCAUGCCUUUGAUAAGCCUUGGUAUAUUUCGAAAUCUUUUUUUUGUAUAUAUCACGUCUUUUUAAUCUAUUAGAAAGAUUUCAAUCUUUCCACACAAAGGUGUUAACCAAAGAAAUACAAUGGUAUAAACAAUGCCUGUGUUAUUUUUAAAUUUAUUUAUAUAUAUAUUUGGUAAGGGUAUAUAGGGUAAAAUGCGGUUCUCAAUUUUUCCAGAGUUACUUUUUACAUGGCUUGCAGAAGAAAUUAUAUCCAAAUUUAAUUCAAUCUUCUAUAUCCAAAUUUAAUUCAAUCUUCUAUAUCCAAAUUUAAUUCAGCCCUCUUUUCAUAUCAAUACAGAACUAAUCAAUCCACUUUGUCUCAGAGCUUUCGUAAGUUUGGAACAAGCUGUUAACAACUUAUAACCACCUUGUUGAUAUUAUCAGACUUGUUGCAAGGUUGUUCCAACAAGUCCGAUACAGUCAUGAUAUAACAAUAAUGUUACAACCUUGUGUCGUCAACCUUGUAACAUUCUUGUUAUAUCAUGACUGUAUCAGACUUGUUAGAACAACCUUGUAUAGCAAGUCUGAUAAUGUCAUCAAGCUUGUUACAACAACUGGGAACAAGCAGUGCGAACACAGUUUGUCGACAGCUGGUGAACAGACUUGUAACAACUUGUUUCCUGCAACAAAUUGUUCGUUUUACGUGUGUAGGAUUUUAGAUUUUGGGAAGGUUUCUAAAUUUUCAGGGCGUGUACUUGCCAAAUACCCAGAAUUGCCAAAUGCACGGUUGCCAACAAUAUAUAUAUAUAUAUAUAUAUAUAUAUAUAUAUAUAUAUAUAUAUAUAUAUAUAUAUAUAUAUAUAUAUAUAUAUAUAUAUAUAUAUAUAUAUAUAUAUAUAUAUAUAUAUAUAUAUAUAUAUAGACUAUUAUCCAAUAAGAUGGGGAAAAAGCUUUUUAUAUGGCUGAAAAAAAAUACCUGGAGAACUUAGUGAAAUUAUUUCCUCAAAAGCAACAUAUUUUACUAAACGAGCCAUUACAACAUACGUAGGUGCAACAUAAUCCAUUUCAAUUGGUUAUAGAAAUUUUGAAGUACCUAAUUUUUGCUAAAAUUUGACCUAUUAUAACUUAAGUGUAUUGUUUUUUAAUGUUAAGGAACCGCGCUAUGGUUGGUAUGUGUGAAAAAUUGAUAAAGUUGGCUUCGCUUUUUCAAUUUACGUAAAAACGACACGUUUGACACUUGAAAAUUUGAAGGAAGCCCUAAUAUACAUCCCACUAUUGGUGCAAGAUACGUAGGGUUGCCAGACAUUUUCCCUUCGAUUUAAAACCAUGGGAAAUGAUUUCAAAGGAUAAACAUGUCAGAAUAUAGAAAUGUAUCAACAGUGACCUCUCCCCACCGCCUCAAAUUUGCCCGUGAAUAACUAAUUAAGUCACACCAAUGCGAUACUUGAAAUCUAGUUCAGUCCGAAUUGGAGGAUUUGAAAUGACAUCUCAUACGAAUAAAUCACUAUACUUAAAGUGAGGUGAAUUAAUUUUGAUCCAGUCCAAGGAUUGAAUUAAUUUUUCGAUCCAGUCCUAGGAGUGGAUCAAUAUACUUCACCAGGUGUCCAGUCCAGAUGAUCUUGAUACGCGGAAAAGUACUGGCACUAGUUGUCAAAUAGAAAUCCAUUUUAUGAUUAAAACAACUGAAUAUCUCCUGUAAUAUACUUUAUUUCGAUUCCAUAUUUUUGUCAGAGCUAUAGUUCUCAUAAGCAAACAUAAUUACAAAAUUUCAACUAGUUUCAUAAAGAAUAACGAAAGAUAUAAUUGACUGAAUACAUCAAAAUGGAUUUCUAUUCUGACAACCCUUUCUGAGCGCUGAUUGGCUAAAAUACGAACACGAGAUCACCUGGGUAUUAUCAUGUGAGCAAAAUAAAGCAACAUGAUGUUUGUGAUGUUACUCUGAGUGAGCAUCCACACCGGACAAUCAACCUAUCCUGCCUGAUAUAGUCUUAACCUACUUGUCAAAUUAUGAAUUAGAAGCUAAAUAUUGAUAUGUUUACUUUGCCAUAACGAUCUUCUAUACUUUCUAUUAUAUUCCAUGUAAAAUUAUUAACAUGCAGUAGCCAACUCGAAAGCUCACGCUAUACUUUGGUUACUGCGCACAUCCAAUCUAAGUUUAUAAUACAUCAUUAUGUAAUAAUUCUUAAGUUCUAUAAUUUCAACAAAUAACUUGUAAAUACUAAUAUCAUGUGCAUAAUAAAUCUUUCUUUCUUUCUUCUUCUGACCACGGUGAAAACUUUUCAGCUUGUCCGGUGUGGAAGCUCACUCAGAGUAACAUCACAAACAUCAUAUUCACCUGAGUACAUAACACCACAUACACAAUCAAGCAAUAUGGUUGGCUAAUUUACUCAUGAAUUAUUAUUAUCCAUAUACUAUGGAUUUAGUGAUGCUAUCGCAAAUUCCAUAUGAGUAAAAGAGGCUUAGUUUAGGUUUCCUCUCUUAUCUCAUAGUCUAUAUGGUUUCCUCCUGUGAUAUAAACAUUUGACCAACAGGCAACAAGGAAGUAGUUCUUACUGCACCUUUGUGGGGAACGGUUUCGACUCGUAGAGCUAUAUCCGGUAUAAAUAAAGAUAAUAUAGUUUAGGUUUCUUCCUGUAGUAAUACUGGACUAUAGUAAGUGAAUGGCAAGAACACUUUAGAACUGACAAUGCUGUUGGGAUUAGCAUUUCUACAGCACAAAUUUACAUGUGAAAAAUGAUCAAAUAUACGCUUUGCAUCAAUCGUCUUGAAAGUUCAUUCAGCGAAGUCAGGAAGGAGUUCGAACAAAAUUUCUUAAUAAACGACCUUUCUUGUCUUUACUCUUUCAACGUACUUAUGUUGAUAAUAAACACUCACGAACGAUAUGUAUUAAAACAUUCUAUUUAAAAUUAAAAAUAUUUACUAAAAAAUGGCUCACAAAAUAUAUUUCGUAUAAAAACCUCGUCAGUUGUUCGUAUUACUUUCUUAACUGUGUUUAUCCUAACCAUAGAUAUCUAUAUAUACACUAGAUAGCGCAUCUCUUUUAGUAAAAUUGAAGCCAAGAAUAUUCCAGCGGUUACCCCCAUUUGAAUAGAUGGUGCGGGCCAUGUUGGUCGUUCCCACUUGCUAAUAAACGCUUAAAAACAACAAUAACUUUCAUCAUUUGAAUAGUUUAAAAACGUAUUUGGAAUAGGGUUAACUUCAUGUUUAAGUUCCGUGUUUAAGAAAUAGAAAAUAUACGAAUCUUCUCAUUGCAUGGGAACGACCUGAGACUGCAAUCACGGCUUCAAUUUUUGAAUUGCAGAAUAAUUAGAUGCACUAUCUAGUGUAUAUAAGAUAUCUAUGAUCCUAACCCACCCUGUCAACGUUCGAUCCCUGUGACUCUUUUCACAUGAAUCUGAUUAUGACGUAAGAUCAGCUGAUAUACUACACAGUCUUGGUUGGGAAACUCUUGACCAACGUCGUGCUAAACAGCUCGCAACAAGUAUUUAUAAAGCAGUGAAUAAUUUAUAUCCCAACGAGCUUAAUACUAUUUUUGAACCUACCUCGUAAGUCCACUCUCACAAUCUUAGAGGUAGUUCGCACAGUAUGUUCACCCCUAGACCCAGAACGGAGGCUGGUAAAAGGAGCUUCGGCUACCGUGGGGCUGUGUUAUGGAACGAUCUUCCGGAUGAAAUAAGAAGUCAGGCUUCAAUAUAUCUUUUCAAAAAUAAACUUUCUAACUUUCAAAUUUAAUACUAAGAUUAAGUAGUUGUAAAUAUGAUAGGAUUGUAUAUAUAUUUAGCUAAUUUCUUUUGUUUUUGCAUUUUUACAUGGCUCCUUGGAAGAGCACUUUAGUGAAAGGACACCAUGUUACCUAUUUAUGUAUUCUUUAAUAAAAGCUUCAUUCAUUCAUUCAUUCAAUCAGUAGCGAGAAUCGAACCCACGAACUCAGCUAGAUAGCAUUUGGACUUCACGGCUUCGGUGUCGUAGUCGUCAGCGGAUCGAGCGCCUUUCACGCUGAGAUCGUGGGUUAUAGGUUCUCGCUAUAGGACACAAGUGAAAAGAGUCAGUCAACAUGUACUCUACCGAAAGUCGUGGGUUUGCUCCGGUUUCCUCCCACAGGGAAAGUUGUUGACAGGGUGUGGGUUAGGAUAAACACAUGCAGUAAAGAAAGGAAUAUCACAAUUGUUGUAAAGAUAAAAAUAGUCUAGGCUAUAAGUAUGUAAUUUAUAUAUCGGGGAAUAUUCACCGAGACGAAGUCGAACCCAAUAAUCACCGAGCCUGAGGCGAAUAAUUGUUUUAGUAUUUUUACACAAGCCUUUUGUGUUUUUUGGGACUGAAUUUAUUUUAAUUUCGCUUAUUUCUUUAUCAGUAACUUCCACAAAACGGCUAGCCGCCAUUUUGUAAAUUUCAGUUUUGUUAUAUUCACUUGUAGGUGCAUGAAUAUAACAGGUUAGUACGUCACAUUUGACCAAUCAACUUGUAGGAUUUGUUAUGUUCACUUGUGCAAAAAUACUAAAAAGUCAUUAUUAUUAGUAGUAGUAUACUGUAUUAUUAUCAACUGAACUGAUGGUCAAAGUAUAAAUACAGACCAGAAUUCUGAAACAUAUUUUCAUAUUUUUUAUUUGAAGUCAAGGGCAACAAAAUAUAGACCUUGACAAUGCCCAUAUUGAUUAUAGUUGCUAUCUUCCGUUUAAUUUUGUUUAACAAUUUCAAAACGUGAUAACCGUAUACGAAAUCCAGGUAAUUUUCCGUGGAAUGUACUGCAGAACGUGACAAGACAGAUAUAUAUACACUUGAAAAAAAAAUUUGUUUCAUACAAAUGUCGUGGCUUGGCAAACUUUCUAUAGAUCUAAUGGCAAAACGUCAUACAAUAUCCGUCAAUUUUUUAUGACAUUCAUCCAAGAAAGAGUCUUUAUGACACGUACAUUUCAGCCCCUAUUAUGACGCAACCCGCCUCGUUCUUUCCAAGCUAUAAAAACACCGUGCUUGCCCCUGCAAGUCAUUCGGUGUGAACUUGUUUUGAUUGUCGCAUGCUGUGAUCGACCAAUUGAGCAUCGGUAUUUUUCUAUGGACAUGAAAACUUAUACAUUAAAUUGUUUUAGAAGCGAUCAAGAGUUGCGAUGCCCCGCGGAUCAGGUCGAAGUCAAGCAUUCACAGGUUAGAAUUCUUUAAUAUUGUUAUUUUAUACAGUACAAACCGACGUAGAACAGCCAGUAUUUUUGGCGACAAACUAAAACAGUUAAUAUAGCAUCUAUAUAAAGUACAUGAAAUGAGGCAGAAGUCGCGUUACUUAAGUCUUAGCCGUGUUUUUAAUUUCUACUUCAAAACAAUUAGUGGUUUAGUGUUUACACUAAUUGAAUUGCUUUUUCAAAGCCUUCGAAUUUCAUGAAAUGAAUCUUCGUGUCCUGAACAAGCGAGCAUGUUUUUUGGAUUAAGUUGUGGCAGCUUGUAUAGCUUUCAUCUUUAUAAGUAAGGUUUUUUAAGGACAGACUAUUUUUCCAUUCAAAAUGUUCUUGUAUUUUAUAAGCUGCUUAUGUUAUUGCCUAAAUUUCAAACGGUGCAGCACGAUCUUUAAAUGCCGAUUUAGACAACACAUCUUUUGCCUAAAACUGUCGACAGUUUUAGGCAAAAGUUGUGUAUAGGGUAAGUCGGCCCUAAUAAUCCGCCGUUUCUUUUAUGCAUUAGUGCAUGGAGGCACAGCAGACUAUAGCUAAGGUGGUUAACUUGUUAACCAGAGUGAAUGGGUUGGUUUUGAAGAUCGGUUACACCGGUUAGCAUAUGUUGGAAUCUGACAUCGUGCCAAUUAAAAAGAUGUAUUCGCAACAAGCUUGUAGAGAAUUUGUUAACAAUUAAGUUGUAGCCUAACUGUGCGGUUAUUUUAUCGUGUUGUUAAACGUUUGUCACUUGCAACUUGCUAACAAGUUGUGGAAUUGUGACUAGUGUGCUUGUUGGGAAAUUGUAACACUGUAGCAAAUCUGUUAUACAUGGUCUUGUAACAAUUUGUUAAUUUUCUUUGUCAGAAGUCUUCAUUUUGUCACAAUGAAAUAACAUUUCCCGCAUUCAGAGAGCACUUUGGAGCAAAAAUAGAACAGUUUUAAAACAGAUUUUUAAUGGAUAUUCAACCAUGAAAUACUUUCUUCUUUUUACAGUUAAUUAUUCACAUUUGCCGCAAUGUCUUCAAAGCAUAUUGUGAAAAAUAUAACACAGCGGAGAAAGAUUGUGUUUCAAAACAAAAUUGAAUUAGAUCUCAAUCGUUUUUACUAUACCGUAUAUAUACUGUUUAAUGCACCGGUAGUAGCAGAAAAAUGCUAUUAUAUGUCAGUCGCUGAAAGUUCUGAAUUGUGCAUGGGUUUUGACAAAACAAAUCAAUUAUAAUCACGCCACGCAAACCUCGCAUGAUACAAAACAUAACUAACUAAUUUAACGCAUGGUUGAAUUGAAAGAUUUUGGUAGCUGAAAGAUUUAUUCCAACUAGGCAUAAUUACAUUCCAAAUAGGCAUAAUUACAUUCCAACUAGGCAUAAUUAUGUAAUGCAAAGUUAAAGAGCUUUCUUAUACAUAAACGUAAAAAGCUCACAUCUUGUACCAAGUCUGCCAACAAGCUGUCAACAAGUUGUGUUCGCACUGCUUGUCCCAAGUUGUCAACAAGUUUGGAACAAGCUCUGAACAACUUGUAACAACUUUGUUGAUAUUAUCAGACUUGUUGCAAGGUUGUUGAUAUUAUCAGACUUCCAACAAGUCCAAUACAGUCAUGAUAUAACAAUAUUUUUACAACCUUGUGUCGUCAACCUUGUAACAUUCUUGUUAUAUAUCAUGACUGUAUCAGACUUGUUAUAGAACAACCUUGUAACAAGUCUGAUAAUGUCAUCAAGCUUGUUACAAGUUGUUAACAGCUUGUUCCAGACUUGUUACGACAACUGGGAACAAGCAGUGCGAACACAACUUGUCGACAGCUUGUGAACAGUUUUGCAACAACUUGUUUUUGCAGACCUGUAACAACUUGUGCGUUUUUACGUGUAUAGGAGGCAUUACACACGUAAAAAUCUCACAACUUGUCAUUACGAUGUGUUCGCAACAGGCUUGCAGCAAGCUUGUUACAAAGUUGUAACAAUGUUGUUAUUUUAUCAAGUUACUACAAGAUUGUCACUCACAACUUGUCAGGACAAAUUGUUGAAUUGCAGGACGAUAACAAGUUGCUGGAACAACUUGUAACAAGUCUAUUGAGCUCAACGGCACUGUAGCAAGUUAAUGUCAACAAGCCGUUGACAACUUAUCAACAAGCUGGGAGCAAGCAGUGCGAACAUAUCCUGUUGACAAGUUGUUGGAACAGAAUUGCUACAUGUCUGCUGCAGUUUGUUACAACUUGUGCGUUUUUACGUUUUUACCUGGAAAAACUUUUUAAUUAAUGCUCCUCGGAUUCUGAAUUUGCUUUUUUGAAACUUUCUCAAAAGUGCGAAAAACGAAUAGAUUUUCGACCGUACAUUAGCCCAUUCUCGUCCCCAGAGCCAUUUUUACUCGGUCACUCGUUGAAAAUUAGGCUCUGGGUUAGACGACUAAAGGGAGAGAUCUGACUGGCUUCUCAGAGAACUGCUAUUUCGCAGAAGUUGAGCAAUUUUCGCAGGAAAAAUUAUUCUAUCAACAUAUGUCAACGCAAAUACUUCGUUUCUUCGUAAUACUUCACUUUGAAAAUUGUUACGGGUGCCAAAGUGUCCCAAUUGAAGAGCAUGCGCUUUAGAAACUACUGCAAGUUUUCUUGCACUUCCGGUUCCGUAUGUCCCAGGGCCUAGGGAGGACGCGCGCGGCCGAGAGGCCCUGGGAACGAGGAUGACAUUAGCCAAAUUUGAACAUUGGAUAACACUUAUAUGCCAGCUUCGUGUUAACCGCGCAGACAAAAGCAAUAAAAAGGGCCUGGAACUGACGUCCAAUAGCUCUUCAAUUUCCGCUAUCUUGCGUGACUUCAGCUGGAGAUAUAUAUGAAGCUGACUGGGUCUGAUGCCUUCAUUUUUCCUCACGUUGGUAUACUUUUUUGAAAAAAUAAAUUUGUUUAGUUGGUGAACAGCAAACACUAUUUAAGUCAAUUAAAAUGUGAAUGGCAAAUUGAAUAAGUUUGGCACGGUCCAUUGGAAUUCCUUGUUCUGUCUCAGUUGUCCUUUUCAGAACAAAAACAUAUAAUUAGCAUAAAUGAAUUUGCCCUGAGGCUAGUGGGUUGGAGGCAAUAACAAACAAUUUUUUCUUUAAAUUUGCAUUUGUCGAGUUCCAGUUUAUACUCUGAAUAACAUUCCAAUUAGCCAAUUAGUACAAUAAGUAUCUGUUUUAAUGUGUUAUUACAUUUUACUGGAAGCAUUUCAACACUAUAUAACAGUCAACAAUAAACCUCUUGUAAGCUUCGACUAAUGUAAUGUAGGUCGAGAGUCGGAAGUUUUUAUGCUCGAGUGCAAAAUGCCACCGGCAAAAAAUAUUUUCCUAAUCCUUAAUUAAGUUAACGUAUCAAUUUCUGUUUGUUAAAUACCUAUUUUGAUCAUGCCAAUUUGUAAAUAUAUAAAUCGUUUUUAACUAUAGAUGCAUGUAUAGCCUAUAGGUGUAUUGGGUGGGAAUAAGUAUUUGCAUAAUUUUGUCUCAAAAUACAUUCUUAACCCUCGACAUUUUACAAUAAAUCAAAUCACCAUUGCUGUCACAUGUGAUAUGUAUUUAUUGUAACAUUAUCACCUACAAUCUUAUCGGAUUUAAAAUCAGCAACCCUUGCACUUUGUAACAUCAAUGCCGCGAAGCUCAACAAGUACCAUCACAAUUUUUCCCUGGUAAGUCUGUGUACCUAUUUCUUAAUCUGUGUGUUUUUUUUAUUGAACAUAACGUGCAAACGAUUAUUGUUUUUUUGUACUUGAGUUAAUAGAUUUUAUGGUGGCAUAAUCUACCAUUAUAGACAAGCACUGUAAUUUAAUAGUCACGCAAUAUGUUCGAGACAUUACUUCGAUUUAAGACUGGUUUACAUUGUCAGAGUUUCUGUGAUCACAGUAGGAAUUUUGCAAAGAUAAAUUCUAAGCCUUGAAAGAUUUGUAAGAAAUGUUUGAGCAUUGUUAAUAUAAUAAGUGGUUUGGAAACUCAUUAUGAAUAACAAUAUAACUCAUUAUCUAUGUUAGUCAACGUUUAUUCAUAAAUAUGGUCUUUCACCGUCACGUGUGCAUUGAAUUUUUUCCAAAUCCACCAAUAGCAAUUUCCAAUUUACCCAAUAGUUCGAGUCACGGAUAGCGGGAUAGGUAAAUUUCCUAAAACAUUGCUAUUGGAUAGUUGGACAAAAGUACAAUACGCACGUGACGGUGAAGGGCCAUAUUUAUGAAUAAACUUAGACUAACAUAGAUAAUGAGUUAUAUUAUUAUUCCAAUGAAUUUCCAAACCUUCUAUUCUAUUGACUAUGGUUUGAGGGAACUGCCAUCAUAGUGUUAAAUAAUUGGAAAAUGAAGUCGGUUCCCUUAUAAACAUUUCUUACAAAUCCUUCAAAACUUGGAAUUUACCUAUGCGCUCAAACUAAAUUGCAACUCGAACAAGAAAAAAUACAGUGGCCACAGGAGCUUCAAUCCUUUAAUUUUCUAAAGAAUUUUUAUUUUACCUUUUCAGCAUAUGUUAUAAAGUUUAAAGCCUCGAGGUCAAACGAGGAUGAGAGUUCACAGAGUUGGCAGGCACGCAUUGUUGCAGGAGACAUUUCAAGCUCUAGAUUAACAAAGUCAAGAUGUGAUGAGUGUUUCAACUCAGCUAACCUAGGUCUCGUGACUGCCAACUACUACCAACUCCAAUGCACACUCAUCCUCGUUCAUUGAUUCGGGCGUAAGCCAGUGGUAGAUGUUAAGUCUGUACCACAACAGUUUUCCGCAAAUUUUGUCGCACCAAUUUUGUCGCACGAAGUACUGAUCCAUAUAUAGGAUAUUAGUUCACCCAAACUAACAACUAUACUUUAACUAUAUAAUACUUAAAGAUGCUGUAAUGUCCGUAAUGUAAACAAAUGCUUUGUUUACAUUUUGAACUCAGUGCUACAGUUGUAAAAUAUGAUUAGAUAUAUAUUAUACUGAAUUUUUAACACUCUUCUGGUUCGCUAUGCUUGUAAAGAAUACAGACAAUAGAGAUUCAAUUCAAGAAAGUUCGGAAGGUGCGAAAUAUUAAUAUAAACAUUCCAAUGGUCGGGUGCCGACCGACGCAUGCGCAGAAUGGAAUUUACAGCAUCUUUAAGGUUAAAUACAGUCAGGAGGGCUGUAAAAAGUAUCGCAGCCUGUGUUUUAGGAGAAAGUUGAAAUUGUAAUUACGUGAUUUAUAUAGCCUGGAUCGCAAGUACAUAAAUAUUUUUUGUUGAGUCUGGGUUGACUAUCUAUUGCGUUUCUAUCUUUUCCGUUAAUUGUUGUUGCGUUAGGAAGGAUGCAUCUGCGGGGCACUUCCUAACGCCGGAUUUACGUUGUCUAUACAGAAAUCUUUUCUGCACAGUGGAGGAAAGAUGAACCAUAGUUAAUAUGGAUGAACGCAUACGACAAGUAACGGAAGAUCGAUUACGACACGACAGGAAAAAUUAACAUAAAUUUCCCAUUUGUUGGGAAGUCAUUUGAAACGCUAGGAUGAUUUUCAAAAUUUACAAGUUGUUAUCAUAUUAAACGGCUUCGGAAACUGUAAAGAAAAUAGUAAGGAAAACAUACUAAGAUCUCAUUUACACGAUGCCGGAUGGCCCGGCCAUCAACAUACAGUAUCAUAUGCCUUCGCAUGUCUGCCAACAAAUUUUGCCCCUUUGUCUUGGACUGUUUUCGUUUUAUUUUGUUAUAUUAUCGCAAUUUUAAGAGUUAAGAUAGUCACGACACCGCCGUUAAAUUCGAUGUCGUGACUAGCGAAUCCGGUUUAUCAAACUGGGUCCUUCAGUGCUAAAUUGUCAAAAAGGGUGAAACCAAAUUUUUACUAUAGGAUAGUUGGCACGCGACUAGCAAAUCAGCACGAUAUAUAUAGUCGUUUUACCUCAACAACUUGUUUCAUCCAAGAGGAAUCAUAAUAUAACAUUUAACUUAACACCAUGCAUGAGCUAGUAAGAUUGCGCGGUAUAUUUAUAAUAAGUAUUUGUGUCUGUCUCUAGAGUCUAGUGUCCUUUCAAUGUUAGUUAUAAGUUAAAAGUUAUUAGAAGCGCAUCUGUACUCCUGUAGGCUUUGGCCCGUUUCAAAGCGGUUUGCCAUUUAAUAGUAAAGACUAUAGUAUAGUCGAUGACGAUGUUGUGGAGUUUUAAAUUCGCAUACUUGCGUGCAUUAAAUUCACAUGUAUAUGUAUGUAAACUGUUUACUAAUUAGCGCUGUUCAAAAUAUUUUUAGAGAAGUUUGGUGUUAAUAAUUUAAUAAUGAUUGAAUUGAGGUUUUCAAUAUGGGAAUUGCUUCAAAAUUCUCUUAAUUUAUAGGAAGUUCUAUAUUUACGAUUUAUAGGAAGUUCCCUAUAAGGUGUGGAAAUUCAAUUUUUCUAAGGAAAAUUUUGUUGUAGAAGGGUAUUGUUGUUUCUGCGCAAUCAUAGCAAAAGUUAUAAUUGUUAUAUUGGCUGUAAUUAGUAAAAUGCAUGCCUCAUUUAGGAAGCACAUGGAACUUUUAUUAUACCGUCAUAUAUGAAUCAUCUCGAUAAAAGAACCUUUUUUAUGCCCAUUAGAAAAGGAAGUUUAUUAAUAUGCAUUUGACAAACAUGACACAAUAUCGCUCUUAAUCAUUACGCCAUAUAUUUGACCGUUGCCAGCCCAGUAUGGUCAUAUUAAUGUAUUUGUUCUGCUUGUGAGCAACACCGAAGUCGCGAGCUAUAUCUUAAGAAAAUAUAUUUAUCCACAUUAUAUAUAUACUGUACAAUAGUUAGUAUAUAUUUUUAAGUUUACGAGUCAUUGGAAUUGUCGGUCCAAAAAGUUUGGUGGAGUAUUAUUCUAUUGUAAUUUGGUCUAUUUUACGGCAGUUUUAAUCUAUACAAGAAUGCUUUCUGUACGAUCUUGGUGUAUCGAAAAUAAUAUUGGGGUAAGGUUGUAUAUAAAUGUACGAAUAUGCAUGUGUAUUGAAGAAUUAAUUACUUGUACGAAACUGUAUUCAUCCUUAUAGAAGUCAAACAUGCAUAUAUAUCCAUAUAUCGGCAUAUUUUCCGAGUUAAUUAAUUUCAGGCCACAUCUGCUGGUUAUAUUUUUUGAUUAAUAAUUAUAAACUGCAGCGCGUAUGCCCCUUUCGGAGUAUAUUCAAGUAUUUCAACCAUAUACAGUAUAGCUGCCACAAUAUAGGCAAUACGCCGUCGUACAUUUAGUUUGUGUCUUAACGGCUAUAACUACCAGAAAAGCACAAUCGAGCGAAUUGCAUGAGGCCUUUAAAUUUUAUAGUCAGCAUUUUAACCGUUCAGUUGCUAGAUGCUUACUAUACUACGUCGACACUAGCUUGUUUUUCGUGCAACUGCAGCGCCUUAUUCUUCUUAGUUAUUUUAAGAGUGACAACGCUGGAAAUUUCAUACAAAGAGUUUUUCAAGAAGAUGCAACAUGCAUGAAGCUCGCGUCGAGGCUUAAUUCAAUUGCCGUGCUGCAGGACUAGUACAUGUUGUCAUUUAUCUUUCAGAUGAAAACUGCAUGAUUUGAAUCUUUGAAGUCCAUUAUAUGUGCACAAUUCGGUUGAAGUUAUCGAGGAAAUGGAUUCAUUUUCCAUUUCAUUAUGUUUUUGCCAUGUUUCGGAAGGUAUAUUGGCCUCAUUUCGGAAGAAUAGGUACUCGAAAUUUGUAUAGAUAAUGAGUACAAAACACAAACAAGGAAUAAUUAGGUGUGAAAUGUUAUUUUGGAAUAUCACGGUAUAUACUGUACCUAAAAGUCUAAUUUUCAAUACCAUUAACUUGAAACUAUAUAACACUAUUGCAAUAAUGGCGUGAAAUAUUUUGGAACAUUAUUGUAUAUUGUCCGUGCAUUUAAUAGAAAAUUCACACUAUAUUUAUUUAUAUUGGAUAGCACUAUCAGUUCCAAAACUGUUCUCCCUGGAGGUCCAGUUAAAGGCCGAACCGUAUUGGUCCAGUGUUACUACAGGAGGAAACCUGAACUAAACUAACUUUAUUUAUACUGGAUAUAGCUCUAUCAGUUCUAAACUGUUCUCCCUAUAUAGAGGUCCCAUAAGAACCAUCCUUUAUUUGUCUAGUGAUAGUACAGGAAGAAACCUAAACCAAACUAACUUUAUUUAUACUGGGUAUAACUCUGUCAGCUCUAUCAAUUCUAAACUGUUCUCCCUAGAGGUCCAGUUAGGAUCAUCUCUUAUUGAUCAAAUGUUACUACAGGAGGAAAUCUCAACUAAACUAACUUUAUUUAUUUGCUGGAUAGCUCUAUAUCAGUUCUGAACUGUUCUUCAAAAAGAGGUCCAGUGAGGGUCAUCCCUCAUAGCUCUACCAGUUUCAAAACUGUUCUCCAUGGAGGUCCAGUAAAAGCCGAGCCUUAUCGAAUAUUGGUCCAGUGUUACUACAUGAGGAAACGGGAGAAAUCCUGUGGUAUUUGGUAGAGUCAAACUGGAAGCACUCUUCUCACAUAUAACGAAACGACAGUAACCGUGAUGCCACCACAAUUAAGGUGGUAUUCCAUUCCUGUGGUGACAUUAGUCUGCAAAUCGUGUCGAAAUUAGUUUGAUAUUGUACUAGCGCGGCUAAAUUAACCAAUUUAAAUAUUUCUCCCUGUUUGCCAGAAUAAUUAAGAAAAAUAUAUAUGAAAGGGAAUUUGUUUCGGGUGUGUGAGAAUUUAGUAUUGAAGUGUUCCUUCCGAUACAAAUUGCUCAACAAAUAUGGCGCCGUAAGGCUGACGUGUUUCGUUCCAGACUUUUCGGAGUUUUUCGUCCCCCUCUCUGGUUUUUCUAAAUUUAACAUUUUGUUCAAUAAAUAGAAUCUACCCACAUGAAACAGUACAAGGUUCCUUUCAUGGAGACAAUAGAGUUAUAGGAAAAGGACGUUGCAUAUAUUUAUGCAUAUUCAUGCGUGUGCAAAAAUAUGGGAAAACAAUUGUGUUGUUCAUGCUUAAAAUCAACAGAUACUUCCCGAAUUUGCUGCAUGGCUAUAGCAAUGAAAACUAUAUUUAUUUACAAUACUCCCAAUAGAUUACAUCGUUUGUCUCGAGUUGAAGCUAUUGUUCCGUGUCUUCGACAAGUGUCUAUUUUUUAAUAUAGUCUUUUCAUGCUAAUUUUCCUAAUAUUUCGCUGAAAAAAUGUUGCUUUUAAAGAUGUUUUGGGAGAUCGUUAAUUUGUUUGGGAAAUAUCGUUAUGGUAUACGACUACGUAAUAUAUACAAAAAUCUAUUUGUGUAAUUACGUAUUAAAUAAGCAAUGCGCUUAUAUCUACAAAUACCAUCUUUAGAUUGAUGUAUACGUUAGGGUAAUUUUGUUUUUAAUAAAAUAUAUCGGACCUGCAAGCUAUAGUCAAGUGGGCCAAUAUGUCCCCCUUGAUGAACUCCAACGCAUGCGAAACGUUAAAAUAUUCUCAUACACGAUACAAUCAGCCUUUAUAUUAGAUAAACAUUUGUCGCAUGUCAAAUGUAGAUGUUAUAUAAAAGGAAAGAAACUAGCUUUCAAAUAAUAAUUGUUUUUUCUGUGUUGGUGUAAUGUACUCAGGUGAAUAUGAUGCUUGUGAUGUUACUCUGAGUGUAUAUCCACACCGGGUAAGCUUGAAAAAUAUGCCUGGCCACGGUGGGAAUCGAACCUACGACCUUUGGAAUACUAACCCAAUGCUCUGCCAACUGAGCUACGCGGUCAGGUCGGCAGCUCAGUUGGCAGAGCAUUGGACCAGACCUGACAGCGUAGCUCAGUUGGCAGAGCAUUGGGCUAGUAUUCCUUAGGUCGUAGGUUCGAUUCCCACCGUGGUCAGGCAUAUUUUUUCAAGCUUGCCCGCUGUGGAUAUACACUCAGAGUAACAUCACAUUUCAAAUAAUAAAUAGCAUUUUGUUUUGUGAAUUGUGACCAUUAAUAAAUGCAAAUUUCAGAACUAUAAGCUAAAGUUAAACUUGCUCUAUUUCUACUACAUGCAUAGAUAGUUUUAAUCAGUUUUAAACGAGUCUCCCUACAAGAGGAAACCUAAGCUACAUGCCUUUAUUUAUACUGGCUAACUUUAUGAGUCUUAAUUAAACUGUUCUCCCUUGAGACCUAGUAAGGAUUAUUUAUCUUUUUAAAUUUCCAAUUUUAAUAUUUUUGGUAUAGUCACACUGGAACAACCCACACGAUAAGGGCGAUAUUAAAAAAUAUAAAAAGUGCAUCCUUUUUUAGAAAUCGGAACAUUGUCACAGAGUGGAAAUCUUAGCACACCCCAUAAAAUGUGCCUCUCGUUCCCAUAUAUGUAUCACUAAUUAUUCCCAAACCUGUUUCUUGUUGCACAGUUACUUAAGUGUUAUAUUUCUUUGAUUUCCUGUAUAGGUAUAUCUUGAUGAAUCAUCUGGGAAAAAAAUCCAAUCUCUGACCGUAUUCUGUCGACAUUGUGGUCAAGGCUGUAAGUGGAAGGGACCUCUAAGAAAACUCAAGGUAAAUUUAUUGAUCAUUCUUCUUCUGUCUAUCAUUCUAAAGAAGAAGUCUAUCAUUCUUCUGUGAUAUUCUUCUGAACUUUAUUUAUUUACUUCCUUGCCUGAAAUACAUUAACAGGGAGUCCGUUUUUCAGCGCUAGCCAAUUACUGCGGACCCAUUACACUGACAAACAAGUUGUUACAAAUCUAUUCACAAGCUGUCGACAACUUGUGUUCGCACUGCAUGCUUGUUCCAAGUUGUUGUAAUUAGUAGUUGAUGGCAUUAUCAGACUUGUUACACGGUUAUUCUAACAGGUCUGAUAUAAUCAUGAUAUAAUGACACAAGGUUGUAACAAUAUUGUUAUACCAUGACUGUAUCGGAUUUUUUGGAACAACCUUGCAACGAGUCUGAUAAUAUCAACAAGGUUGUUGCAAGUUGUUAGCAGCUUGUUCCAAACUUGUUGACAACUUGGGACAAGCAGUGCGAACACAACUUGUUGACGGCAAGAUGUGAGAUUUUUGCGUGUGUAGAACGAGUGAAAAACAACGUCAUAUAUAAAGCGCCCUGAUCAUUAUACUCUACAUGCAGCACGAGAUUGGAACAGCUAGACUACGAACGGAGUUACACAUGGUUCAUGGCCGGAUUUUGAGGGGAGGUGUGGGGAGGUGCGCACCUUCCAAGAGAUCGUUUUGCACCUCCCCUGAAAAUUCAUGCACCUCCCCUAUGGAAAGGUUCAAAAUGACACUUUGACAAAUGUGACCAUUUUAAUGCAAUGUUUGAAAGAAGCUUUGUACUGUGUAAAGUAAUGAAGGGCGACAUUGGAUGAGUCGUACAUAAAUACACUCAGUCUGAUACAUAUGUACAAUACAUGCAUACAAAUUUUUGGGGCGUACAUACUAAGCCCUAAAUUAUUUAUGGGAGCUGUAAGCUAGACCACAGCACCUUCCCUAAAUUUUUUUCCACCUCCCCCAUCAUUUCCACCAAAAUCCGGCCGGAUCGGCCAUGAUAUGGUUCUUACUCAUAGAUAUUAUCUUUCUGCCUAUCACAUAACCACUAACAUUAAUUAUCUUCCCUCCAGGCUCAUUUGUCGACUUGUGACUUCGGCGUUAUCGACUGUUCCAACAAGUGUGGGGUUCAACUCAUGCGAAACCAACUUGAAGAGCACGUGCGCAACCUUUGCUCGAACCGCUACGUGCCAUGCGCCACCUGUCACCAGGAUAUCCUCCGUGAAGAACACGAGGUAAAGCAGAAACGUUUCGAACUGAUAGAGCUCUACAGUAUAACACAGUUUCGAACUGAUAGAGCUCUACAGUAUAACACAGUUUCGAACUGAUAGAGCUCUACAGUAUAACACAGUUUCGAACUGAUAGAGCUCUACAGUAUAACACAGUUUCGAACUGAUAGAGCUCUACAGUAUAACACAGUUUCGAACUGAUAGAGCUAUCCAGUAUAACACAGUUUCGAACUGAUAGAGCUCUACAGUAUAACACAGUUUCGAACUGAUGGAGCUCUCCAGUAUAACACAGUUUCGAACUGAUAGAGCUCUCCAGUAUAACACAGUUUCGAACUGAUAGAGCUAUCCAGUAUAACACAGUUUAGUUUAGGUUUCCUCCUGUAGUACAGCUAGACCAACAUAAAAGAUGGCUCUUGCUGGACCUCUAGGGUUUAGAACUGAUAGAACUAUCCAGCAUAAAUAAAGUUAGUUCAGAUUCCCUUCUGUGGUAACAUUUGAUUCAUGAGGGGUGCCCCUUCCUGGAAGAACUGAUAGAACGAUCCAUGCAGAAUAAAUAAAGUUAGUUUAGUUUAGGUUUUCUUCUGUAGUAACACUGGACCUCUCUCCUCCACAGAGCUUUCCUAACUUUUUAACUAUAAACAAGGCGAAGCUUCGAUAACAUAAGACUUAAACAAGGGAUAGAGGCGCUAGACUGUAAUGAGCGAAACCACCGCCGAAAAUGAUGGCUCUUACCGGACCUCUAGGGAGAACAGUUCAGAACUGAUAAAGCUAUCCAGAAUAAAUAAAGUUAGUUUAGUUCAGGUUUCCUCGUGUGAUAACACUGAAACAAUAACGAAUUUCCCUUAUCGCAUCAUGAGAACUAAUUGGCGAGUUUUGUGGAAUUUUUAUAACUGCAUGUAAUUUAUUGAAUUACAGAAACAUUCUCGUUCGUGCACAAAGGAAAACACCUCAACCGCAAGUAAAUUACGUCAGCAUAUCAAAAACCUUGGUCGUUCAAGACAUGAUUCGCUUUCAUUCGCCAGUAACUCGUCCCAGGAUCUACCACCGAUGCGCGCCACCUCGGUGCCAGCUCAGCUGAAUUUUGUCGGUAGGACUGACGUUCCUCAAAGGACAGCAGAGGAAUGGCAUGGAACUACAGGUAUGUAUAGGAAUAGUUAGGGAAUGCUGUUGUAACGUUACCGAAAAGGAUACCAUUCAGUUGUCACACAUGUCCUUUACCACUUCUGUGACACGAGUUUGAUAGCUGCUUGUACAAUUUUCUGCAGUGUAAAAGUUCAUGUUGUCUGCACAUGUACUUUCUUUGGAGACAACAUUUGCCUCCUGACAUAUCGGAAAAUGACUCUGACUCUGACUCUGACUGAUUUAGACAUUGUAUUGACAUAUGACUGUUCAGUGUUCACAUUGCUUUUUAGUCUUCAAUAUUUGAGGGAGUCAUGCUUUGAAAAUGACAAUAUUUUUUUAUUACCCAACCCUUGAAUUGCUUUUCAUUUACCCAACCUUUUACUCACUCAAAAUUUUGUUUACCCAACCCUUUUCUCUUCGAUGCUACCCCCUCCCCCCCUGCCAUAAAUAAUGACCAGCACCUAAUGUAUUAAUGAAAUUCUGUGUGUGUGGUUUUCAUCAGUUGUUUUAAUUUUAAUGGUCAUGAUCGAUUUCUCGUCCAGCAGGUCGGCGACGCAACCGUCGCACACGUCAGAUGUCAUUCGAACGCGACUUCAAUAUUCAAGAAACCGUACAGGAGGAAGAGACAGCCCGAGACCUCCCAGAUUCCCCGCCUCCGUCCCAGGGCGCGCCAUUGCGUCGGAGAGCCGACUUUGGAAGUCAGGUCGUGUACAUGGGUUCCUCGAAUAACCCUCCUCCCCAGACCUCAACCGAGCGCGAACUUUUCACGUGCGUGUGUGGUGCUUUGAUGGCGAAUGAGGAAAUUACUACACAUAUGUCAGAGGAAUGCCCAAAACGCUUGACACUCUGUCAGUAUUGUCGAAAACAAGUCGGACAUGCUGAACUACAGGUUAGAACAAAGACUGUUCACUUUGUGUCAAAUGAGAGUUAGCAGUCACACAGUGAGUUUAGUUAAAUAUCAUCGUUAAAUAUGUAAACAUGUCGAAGUUGUUAUACAGCCAUAUUUUCAAAUAUACCGUUCAUUAACAAGAAAAUUUACUGUGCUGUGCUACAGCAACUGUCCAGUCACGCAUACGUAAUAAAAAGCCAAUAUAAACUUUAUAAACAAAAGAUAAUGUAAAACGUAACAGAACGGCGAACAUGCAGAUUCGGCCAUCUCAAAUAACGGUAAUGUUGGGAUAGUAGCAUUGCAGACUGCAGAGGAGAGUGGGCAGUAAGGCUCCAAUACACUUUGUUACCAACGACUCGCCAGCCUUUUCAAUCAAUAUUUUCCUCUUUGUUAUUUCAGGAGCAUCUUAGAGAUUGUCCAAGGUUCCCACUCAGUUGUCCAAACAGCUGUGGAGUUCGCCAGAUACCGCGAGAAGAUGUACGGGAAUAAUAGUAUAUAUACAUUUCGUUUUUGUAAUCGAUUUCUCGAAAUACUGUGUGCCAUUGUCAUUUAUUUCAUUAAUAUUGUGUGUAAUAUUGUGUUUACUGUAUCUUCACAGGUUAAUCGUCAUGUCACGAAUGACUGUUCCGCUAUAUUGGAAGUCUGUCCUUUCAAAUUUGCUGGAUGCGGUCACAAGGUAUAGACGCUACUUAUUCUGCUACUAAAUCUUCCAUCUUCCUAUUAAACCUCGGCUUAUAGUUUAUUUUAAUUGGAUCAGCAUGGCUAUAAUGCUGAAUUUAUUAAAACUUAAAAGGAAUUAGAAAUUAUUUAGAAAUGUUUUCCGUCUGUCUGCUAUGGACCUAAUCGGUUUUAUGUUUAUACCCAUAGUUACCAAAUUCACAUUUUCAGAUAAAUUGCAUGCCUAGUUACUACUGAUAAUGUAAAUCUGGUUUCCUCUGUCAAAAUUUCUGUGAUGACAGUAUAGGAAUUGUGCAUGGGCAAAUUCGAAGUUUUGAAGAAUUUAUAAGAAAUGUUUGAGGAAAAUGACUCGGUGUUAAGCCUUAAGCAUAGAAUGGAACAUAUAUAGGAUAGUCUGGAAGCCCGGCAACUUCAAAGCUACAAAAUAGAAGACCUUUGUUUGAUGUUGAACUGUGCCUCGCCAUGCAUAAAUCCUUCGUCUCAACUUCAUUAAAUAUUAUUCAUCGUGGUUGCACGUUUCAUCUCAGCUAGGACGAUUACUUUGUUAUAGGAAAACACAAUGAAUUCAAUCACCGGAUUGUGUACUAAUUAACAUAAACUCCGACAAAAACAUAAUACAAUGACUUCUGUUUCCAGACCAUCAUCUUGAUAGACUGUGAAUGGAACAAAGCUAUCCAGAAUUGAAAUUAUAAUAUAUAUAAAUUGUAAUGUUUUCACAUUUGAAUAUUUGAGUACUUUUCUAAUUUUUAUUUUCAAUUCAAAAUCAAAUACUUGUAAUGUUUCCAGCAAAAUUAAGAAAUUAUUUGCUUUAUUCAAUCAAAUUAUCAAACCAAAUUAAUCAUUAAUGUUGGACUUAUUAGUAUUUUGAACUAGUGCUGUGGUACUGUCUUGCAUUCCAAAACUUAACGCCCGUUUUCUAAAAGCUCACUCACACUCAAUGAGUGGAGGUUCAAUAUGAGCUUUUCUUGAGUGUCAAUGCUGUUUUUGAAUGGCUGGAGGGUUAGUGUCGUACCUUAUUAUGUGACUACUCGCCCUCCAGCUAUUCAAAAACAGCAUUGACACUCAAGAAAAGCUCAGAUUGAACCUCCACUCAUUGAGUGUGAGUGUGAGACUGUGAGCUUUUAGAAUACGGGCGUUAGUUAGUCUAAGACUAAGAGGUCCAUUUACAGUACAUAGCUAAAACCUAGAAUUAUAUAACGUAACAUUACAUAUAUUACUAUAAAUCUAUAAUAAAACAAUUUAAACAUUGUUCCUAUUAAAGUACCUAUAGUCAGUAGGAUUAAGACUGUUCUGAAGUCAUCAAUAUUUUAAGAUCUUUCUUAAAUUGAAUCAAGUUUUUAAAAUUCCUAAAUUAUGCAAGUCUCAUGCAAAACAUCUAACCUAAUUUUCGCCUGUCUUUCUUAGUGUCCCCGGGCGAACAUCAACCGUCACUUGGAGAACAAAACGAAGGAACAUCUGAACCUAAUGUGUAAGUUAUCCGUGAAACAAUCAAAAGAAAUCAACGAGCUUCAGGCUACGGUCAAACACUGCAAGCCUUUCAACCAGGGCCAACUGCUGUGGAAAAUUGACAAAUUCGCAGCCUGUUUGGAGACGGCUAAAGAGAUAAGCGGCUACGAAAUUCACAGUCCACCGUUCUAUACAGAUCAGUACGGGUAUAAAUUCAUGAUCGUUGCCUUCCCGAACGGCAACGGGAGCGGAGAGGGCACACAUCUCUCGUUAUAUGUUCGCCUUCUUGUCGGAGAGUACGAUUCUCUUCUGAAAUGGCCUUUCCUGGGAGAUAUUACGCUAACUUUGAUCGAACAGUCGCCUGACGCAAGCAAACAACGGCAUAUUAGCCAGAACUUUUCACCCGACCCAAAGUGGACCAGUUUUCAUCGCCCGAAAAAGAGCUCGAAUACCCCCGGUUUUGGUUACCCCCAGUUCGCAGCGCAUGAGACGCUUCGCACGCGAAAAUAUAUCGUCGACGACGCCAUCUUUAUUCGAGCAACGGUCGAACUUCCUCAGAUUAUCGAAGCUUGAGCCCACGAAUUAUUGUGCAGCAGUCUCGUCACUUGAGCUCAGCAGUUUUGUGCCUUGAGCCUGCAAAUUUGUUGAGCAGCGGUGUUCUUUCCAUGAGGCUGCGAUAAUUUGGAACAGCGUAAUGGUGAAUUGAGCCAGAGAAAUUUUCAAAAGUUUGGAGCAGCGGUAUUGUCACUUGAACCUGCGAGCUUUUGAAACAGCGGAUUUCUGGAUUUAUCCACUGACCUAUAUAAUAUCAAGUGGAUUUACUGGACUAAAAACUUUUGAAAUACAUGUAUGAUUUCACUUUUUUCUUUUUCAAAGUUUUUAGCAACAUAUAUAUGCAAAUUAUAUACGGUAAAAAUGUAUUAGCAAACCAAGUAUUGUUCAAAAACGGUAUUGUUUACAUGUAGUUUUGAACAUGGGUAAAAAAUGUGAUGUUAUGAUGCCAAGUUUUGAGCAAAAUGGUUGGCCAGUGGCCCAAGACUAUUUUUCGCUCAAGCAUAAAAAUAUUUACACUCGGGUUGCGAAGAAGACAAUGCAUGCAUAGACCAUUUAUAUUAAUGGAAUUUUCAACUCGUAGAUUUAAUAAUGAUUAAUUUAAACCAUUUGAUAUUGAGUUUCAAUUUUGUUGUAUAAAAUAUAUAAUCAUGAAAUAUUGCAGGCUUCACGCGGUAGAGAGGUAGAUUAAGCGACUUAUAUUAUCGGCACAACUGUACAAAUAUUUUUAUAUCCAAUAAACCAUACGCCAAACUGUAUUUCUGACCGUGUUUUGUUUUGUCUCUCUAUCUUUGUAAAGCACACGAUUUUCUGCUCUUUCUUGGGAAUUUAAAGCAG